AGUUCAUCAUAGGCACACCCACCCCACGACAUGGCCAAGGUACUUCUAGUGAUAGCUUCCCUGACAGCCGUGACGCUGGCUCGACCAGAACCUCCGGUAAACAACCAGUAUCUCCCCCCUGGCCUCCAGACAGAAGCGUCAUUCGGAGGUUCACCCAGCAGUCAGUACGGCGCUCCCUCAAGUCAAUAUGGUGCUCCCUCUAGCAAUUUCGGUGCUCCCUCCAGCCAGUAUGGCGCUCCCUCCGGCGGUUUCGGCGGUGGAAGACCUUCCAGCUCCUAUGGUGCUCCCAGGCCCUCCAGGCCUUCCAACCAAUACGGAGCUCCUAACUCCUUCGGUGGUUCCAGCUCUUUCGGAGGCCCAUCUAGCUCAUAUGGGGCUCCCUCUAGCUCCUAUGGAGCGCCCUCUAGCCAAUAUGGCGCUCCCGGAGGUGGUUAUGGAGGCAACAAAGGAGGAUAUGAUGAGGGCCCUUCAGAGCCAGCCAACUACGAGUUCCGCUACGACGUGGACGCUCCGGAGUACAACGUCAAGUUCGGUCACCAGGAGGCAAGGCAGGGUGACGUAGCUCAGGGCAAAUACUACGUGCUGCUACCUGACGGCCGUACCCAGCUGGUAGAGUACACCGCGGACCAGGACGGCUACCAUCCCAAGAUCACGUACGAGGGCACAGCCAACAACGGCGGCGGCUACGGCAGAGGACCCUCUGGCAACGGAGGAUACCAGUACUAGAACCAGCCUCGCAGCUGUAACGGAUACGCUUCACCAUGUUUACCAUCUGGCCCCUGUGGCUACCAGUCUGUACAUAGUAUUUUUGUAUUUUUAUAAAUAAAUAUUUUGUGUAAA